GGUGCGACAAAGGAGAUUGGUACAGCGCUAACCCGCGUCUGCUUACGUCACAGAGCCAUUGAGACCAGGAUGAAGACGUUUAUAAGCGCCCUAAUGGAUACCCUUAUAACUCCGCUAUCAGAACGCGCUGACGAAUGGCGUCGUGGGACCUGUACUACUGGUGCACUUAGCCGAGAGCAUGCGCGGGAAUGCAAGCGUGCUCGAGCUGAACUUAGACGCCGUGUCACUGAGGCACAAAGGCACGCGAGGAAGGCGAGGAGAGCGCCUCCUGAUGCAAAGAGACGAGCUGAUGUGUGCAUGCAGGACAUACAAGAACGUAAGCAACAGUUGGAGGAGAUGGAGGAGAAAGCAGUGAAGGCCGCGCUCAUCGAGGAACGAAGCCGCUUCUGUCACUUCGUGUCGCUCCUAAACCCCGUUGUGGAAUCUGAAGUGGCAAUGUUAGCGGAGGUCGGACAUUUACAAGAAGGCAGCGAGCAACUCAUCAGACAUACAGCUGAACCUAGGACACUGCCGGCUGCCAGUCUACAGGUGAUAUGCGAUAUAAAGUCCUGCUACAGCGGCUGGGCUGAGUCAGGGUCGGCGCCCCACUCACCGUCGGCCUCGUCCCGGCUCGGAAGUCGCAAGUCAUCACUCACCUCAAUAUCUUCAUUGAACAGCCAGUGUUCUGAUCAACAGCAUGGUGUAUCCGGUUCAACAGUGAGUUGCUCUACCCCGAUAUCGAACGCGUCCUCAGCGGGCACUAUCCCUGCUCCAUCCAGCGACUCUCAACACUGUCUAACACAGUCCGCGUUCCGGUUGUCGAGUGUCUGCAGCGCGGACUCCGGAUUUCGAUCGCAGGACGCACUACAGCGUCGCUCGCUCUACGUUGACAAUGGUUCAGACAAUCAGAGCGUCAGCAGCGAGUGUAUGACUCAGGCCAAGAGCCACACAGAGGACGAACACACGGACGAUGGACAUGACGUCAUCAGCAAUGCAGCAUCAGCGACUUGGCCAGAUCUGAAAGACACGGCGCAGUUCGAGAGAGCAGCCUCCGCCAUCAUGGGCGGGAGGCCACAUACUAUUUCAGCAGCGUACGAGCGCGGCCACCCCCGCGCGGCGCUGAGCGUGCACACGUUCAGUGCGGAGCUGGACGCGCGCGACGCACACAUCUACGCGCGCCCGCCGCUACCCACGCGAUGUUCCUCCCUGGAGCGUCCAGCAGUCCCCAACAAGUCCGGGAACGCCAACACUUGCCAACAAGAGUUCAAGCCGAGCAAACCAUCCUCACUACCACCGCAUCUUACUAAAGAAAUGCCACAAGCCCUGUACGUGAACAUGUCGGAGCUGGCCACGCUGGCCGCCUCGCGCGCCCAGCAACACAACGCCGACCACCCACCGCAAGAGAAGGUUUGCUCAGAAAGUAGUGCAAGCGAAUCUUCCCUUGAAUCGUCGAGCGGUUAUGGAAGCCAGGGCGCCUUCGCAGCCGAAGACCACGCCAUACAACACCAAGUCCAACAUGCUGACGUCGACUCGGAGAUCGUAACUCUUCGAAGAGAGAGUGAGUCAUCUGUGGCAGCUGCGAGAGAGAGUUUCUCUAUCUCCCUCGGCAGCUUAGAAGAAGCUGUCCGAUCUUUGGACGAAGCGAGUGAGACUCCGGCCUUUGCGACUAUUGGGAAGAAACCAGCUGUGCCUAAAAGGCGGCCUGUAUCCAUGUCUGCGACAGUAUGGUCCCGCCGCGGCUCAUCCAGCUCGUUGGGCAAGCCGCCGCCGCCGGUGCGACGCUCCUCGUCCAUAUCUAGGCCUCAACGACCUCCUUACGUGCAGAAUACACAAAGUCCUCAACUAUCGUCGAAUGAGGCCGAUAACCUGCCGCCUCCACCUGCUUUCCUGCUUCAACCCGACGGCGACACCGGUGAAUAUGACUCUCACUCCAACGUAGCAGAAACAGUGAAGCAACUAACCGAACUAAAACACAUGCCAGCAUCCCCCGGCCUGGUUCGACGCAAUCUGCAACAACUUCACCAAAAUCAGACCCAGCCACAAUCGCCUACGACGCCAUCCCUUUCAACGUUCCAACAGGCGAAAAGCAACUUCUCAUCUUCAACGAGCCUGAACAGUACAGGCAAUCUGAACCCCAUUUAUGGACAGACUGGACAUAAGAUAAUGGCCUAUGUCGAGAAUUCUAUGUACGUUCGGAAGAAUAGCUUGAAUAGCUCCAAUUCGGAUUUGAUUAAUGCCGGUAUAUACGCGGAAAGUCGCGGUUCUCCCCACGGGUCGUCGCCCUCAACACCGAGCUACGGAGAAAACAACUCGUUCUCGAGUUUCGGACCAAGAAUGUCCAAUGAAACUAGCCAUUAUGGACAGACUGGUUUCAAAGCACAACAAGACAAGAAAUACGGACAAAGCACGAUAUAUGCUCAACCCUCAGAGAUCAUAGCCGGCUUCAACAGUAUGGCGCGCCACGACACUCGACACGACACGCUCAGUCCGCUCGCACUGCGCAAGAACAUCGCCGCCAGGUCGCAUAGCGCGGACAGACAUCAUUUGGAACAAGGCGGCCUCAUCGCCCACCUGAGCGCGAAGCUGGCGCCGCAGCUGUCCCCGCGCACGUCGCGCCGCGCUGUGUCUACCAUCUCGCCCGCUGACACUCCCGCCAAGGGGAAAGGUACAAUCCCGGUGCAGCCCGCGUUCCUAGACAAGCUGUCGGCCACCAUACAGCACCAGCGGCGCCAGCUCGACAACUCGCGCGCCAAGUCCGUGCGGGACAUGAUCAAUGCUCACGCUCAGCCCGAUCCUCGUAUUUGCCACACGUCGCUAAUGGAACAAAUAAAACGCGGCGCAACGUUACGUCGCAACAAACACUGCAACGACAGAUCUGCGCCCAAAAUACGCUAG